AUGGCGCUGCCAUUACCAACAAUCGCGGCCUUCCCAGUAGUUCCAAUCGCUGCUACAGCUCCACCACCAUUACCGCUUGUUGCUGUGGAACAACCGUCCAAGGAGCUUAACGCCGCAGCUACGAACAGGGAAGAAGAGUCUCAACCGCCGAUGUCGUCGACACCAAUGAAAUCGGGUUGGAAGGAAUGUGCAGUCAAAAUCGCGCAUUAA